AUGACGAUCCUUGAGCGGAUUCGGCCGUAUGGAUACAAAGUCGAACGCUCUUUGGAUGUGAUUAGUCGUCUUUUCGAAGCAAGCAAGCGUGCUCCAGCAGUUGUAGCCCGGGAUUCCGAUGCUCGUGAUCUGAAUGAACAGUUGGGAGAUGAGGGUGAUUGGAGUCUACCGCUCUUUGAUAUGACCAAUGACGAGUAA